AUGUUUGAACGACUUGCGAAGAAUGGAAGUGAGUUUGAGAAAAAGACUAAGCAGCACAUUAAGGAAUAUGCAGAUGCUGGUUUGAGGACUUUGAUAUUGGCCUAUCGCAAACUUGAGGAAGAAGAGUACACUCUUUUUAAUAAAGAAUUGAUGGAAGCCAGGAGCUUAGUAAGUGCAGAUCGAGAGCAGAUUAUGGAGGACGUAUUAGAAAAUAUCGAAAAGGAUUUAAUUCUUCUGGGUGCUACCGCAGUUGAAGACAAACUUCAAAAUGGGGUUCCUGAAUGUAUUGAUAAGCUAGCAGAGGCAGGAAUAAAGUUAUGGGUUUUGACUGGUAAUAAAAUGGAGACAGCAAUCACUGUUGGGUUUGCUUGUAGGUUACUUCGGCAAGAAAUGAAACAAAUUAUCAUUAGUUCAGACACUCGAGAAACCAAAUCACUUGAGAAAAUGGAAAACAAGUCUGAUGCUGAUGUGGCAAUCAAGAAAAGUGUUGUUUGUCAAUUAAUGGAAGGAAAGGAAUUACUUGGUGCAUCAAUUGAAAACAUCGAGGCGUUAAUUGAUGGAAAGUCUCUGACAUAUGCACUAGAAGAUGAUGUAAAGGACUUGUUUCUUGCACUUGCAGUUAGUUGUGCGUCUAUUAUAUGCUAUCGUUCUUCUCCGAAGCAAAAAGCACUUGUAUAA